AUGCCUGAAAUCUCUACUGAAACUCCUUCUUCUUCUUCUACUCAACAAUUCAAUUCUGCGAUCAAUUACAAUGAUCCGUAUUUCUUAUCUUCUUCUGAUAAUUCUAACUCUCAGCUUGGUCAAAUUAUCUUCAAUGGGGAUAAUUACCUCAAUUGGAGUCGGAGUGUUCGUCUCGCACUUGGAGCGAAGAAUAAACUUGGCUUCGUUGAUGGAUCUUUGUUGCGUCCUUCUGCUGAUUCUUCGGAUCUUCAAAAAUGGGUCAGGAACGACUAUAUGGCCACUGGUUGGAUCCUCUGUUCUAUGGAGAAGAGCAUUGCUGAGAGCUUCAUCUUCAAUCAUUCGGCUCGAGAUCUUUGGCUUGAGAUGCAGGAGAGGUAUGUCCAUUCUAAUGCUCCACAGUUAUAUGAAAUUCAUAAGAAGUUAAUGUCAAUUGAACAAAAUGAUGAUUCGAUUGCUGUGUACUAUGGAAAACUCAAGCAAGUCUGGGAUAAAUUGCAAAUUCUAGAGCCAUUUCCAGAUUGUACUUGUGGUGCUAUGUUAAGCUGUAGUUGUGGAUUGUUGAAAAAAAAUUUAGAGGCAGAUCAACUGAAAAAAUUAAUUCAAUUGAUUACUGGUCUUAAUAAGGACUAUGAUCAAGCUAAAAUCAAUUUGCUGAGUAUGGACCCCUUACCAUCUGUUAAUAGAGCCUAUCAUUUACUUCAACAAAUUGAGAAGCAAGGUGCUCUAAAUCUGGUUUCUCAUUGUUCAGAAAUGAGUGCACUAUUGUCUGUUCACAAUCAUCAGCCUAAUAGAGUUUCAUCUAGUUCUCCUGGUCAACGGAGAGACUAUAGAGAUUCUUUUAAGAAGCUGAAAAUUGAUAGGUUUUGUGAUCACUGCAAGAUGAAAGGUCAUACUAAGGAUGUCUGCUUCAAAAUUGUUGGCUAUCCGGAGUGGUAUAAAGGAAGCAAGAGUCAAGGUUCUCAAGGAAAUAAGUUCCAUAAUUCUCAGAGAUUUGCGGGAUCUGUUCAAGAUAAUACUUCUGCUGGAAUUCUUGGUGGCUCACCUCUAGAUUUUGAAAUUGGGUCUACUUCUGGUUCACAAAAUGCUGUUGGUGCAAAUAAUGUUGUUGAUCCUCAGGUUUUUUCUGCUCUUUACAAGGAGUUUGUGAAGAUAAUGCAGUCAUCAAAAGCAUCUUCAGUCGAGUCACAUGAUUCUGCAGUUAACUUCGCAGGUACCUUAUCUGCCAGUAAGACUUCUAAAUCUUACUUAUCUGUUAAUGAGCAUGUUUGGAUAGUUGACACAGGAGCAAGCGAUCAUAUGGCUUUUCGUUUAGACAUGUUUGCUAACACACGCAUGCUUAAACAACCCAUAAAAAUUGCCUUGCCUGAUGCUACAUAUAAACUGGUUGAUACUAUUGGAGAUAUUGUCUUGACUUCUGACAUUAUGCUGUAA